GUUUCAGUGCGCUGCGAGCAACCGGCGACUACACAACUGGUCAACAACCUCACAAGUCUAAGCCCAGAGAGCCAGCCUGCUUGGAUAACACUUUAAAGUUUGAUGUUAAACGCAUUGAUGUCAAUACAGUUGGCUUGAACAGUUUGUACUUUGCAAUAUGACGACGGAUCUGGAAUCAACGAAAACAGGCAAACACAAUGGCCAUCAGUCGCAUCAAAACAACAAUGAGCUGGUGGAGAGCGAACCACUCACCUGGCGCUUCUGGCGUAAACAGCGAUACAUUGUCGUGCUAUUGGCCUUCUUUGGAUUCUUCAAUGUUUACUCGCUGCGCGUGAAUCUGUCCGUGGCUAUUGUGGCUAUGACGGAGCAUCGACCAGUGAUCGAUGCAAAUGGCAACGAGUCGUUCGAACAAGAUUUUCCCUGGGAUGGCAAACAGAAGGGUCUGAUAUUGAGUUCGUUCUUUUAUGGCUAUAUACUAACGCAGUUCUUGGGCGGUUACAUUGGCACCAAAAUCGGCGGCAAUAUUGUUUUCGGCUUGGGCAUUGGCACAACUGCAAUAUUGACACUGCUGACGCCGCUGGCUGCCAAGCAUAGUCUGGAAAUGUUUCUGGCCGUGCGCAUUAUUGAGGGCGUGUUCGAGGGUGUCACCUUCCCGGGCAUACACGCCGUGUGGGCCAGAUGGGCGCCGCCAUUGGAACGCUCACGCAUGGCGUCAAUUGCAUUUGCCGGAAAUUAUGCUGGCACGGUGAUAGCAAUGCCCUCGUCCGGCAUGCUGGCAGCUCGUUAUGGCUGGGAGAGCGUGUUCUAUGUCUUUGGCCUGAUUGGCGUGGUCUGGUUCAUCACGUGGAUGGUGUUUGUACGUGCUGGCCCCGAAAUGGAUCGCUUCUGUUCGAAAGAGGAGUGCGAGUACAUUCAAAAGACGAUUGGUUGUGUCGGUGCAAAGAAGAUUAAGCAUCCUUGGAAGGCCAUCUUUACAUCGAUGCCGUUCUAUGCAAUUAUUGCAUCGCACUUUUCCGAAAAUUGGGGCUUCUAUACGCUGCUCACACAGCUGCCCAGCUUCCUCAAGGACACACUUAACUUUGAUUUGGGCAAGACUGGAUUUAUAUCCGCUGUUCCCUAUCUGGUAAUGGGCAUUCUGCUGGCCAUUUCGGGCUAUCUGGCCGAUUGGCUGCAGGUAAAGGGCAUUUGGACAACAACCCAAGUGCGUCGUAACUUUAACUGUGGCGCUUUCCUGGCUCAAACGGUCUUCAUGAUGUUAACUGCAUAUAUAAUGGAUCCCACACUGUCCGUGGUGUUCAUCACCAUUGCUGUGGGCCUCGGCGCUUUUGCCUGGUCCGGCUUUGCCGUCAAUCACUUGGAUAUAGCACCGCAGCAUGCCAGCGUGUUAAUGGGUAUUGGCAACACCUUUGCUACCAUUCCCGGCAUUGUCAGUCCGCUGAUAACGGGCUAUAUUGUUGGCGAUGAUGGCGAUCGCUUUGAGUGGCGCUUGGUCUUUUUCAUUUCAGCCGGCAUUUAUUUGGUUGGCUGCGUCAUCUACUGGUUCUAUGCCUCUGGUGAGCUGCAGGAGUGGGCCAAGUCGCCCGAGCAAAAGGCCAUGGAAGCCGAACAGAAACAGCUGCAGCUAACUCAAAAAGGCGGUUUCGACAAUGCGGCUGUCGAUCUAAAAGAAUAAUCGACACGAAAUUUAAAUUCAAUAACAAAUGCAACAUACAGUACCAGGGAAAUAUUUUAGUUUAACUCACCAAUAUC